AUGGAGAGUAAAGUAAAGGAAUCUGUGUUAAGUUCGGGUUAUAGUGAGAAACAUAAAAGAAUUAGGGAAAAAGCCUUAAAAGAGGCUAGUUUUGGGGUAGUAAUGGGUAAUGAAUCUUGUGAUCAAGACUCAUUUGUAGGUGCGCAUAUUCUGGGGGUGGUGGAGGAGAGAGUUCCGGUGGUUAAUUUGCAGAGAGAAAUAUUUCAGCAUAAACGGGACUUGAUGGUACUGGCGGAAAUGAUGGGUUUGGGGUUGGAUGACUUGGUUUUUCUGGAGAAGCGAGAGAGUGGUUGGGUGCUGGUUUGUGGUCAGAUGUGUGUUAGAGUGGCGGAUGUGCAAGUUUCAGCGACAAUUAUUGAUCAUAACUUGCCGAAUAAGGAGUUGUUGGCUAUGAAAGGAUUUCGGGUCGAUCGGGUGAUUGAUCACCAUCCGAUUUUAGAAAUGAAUGCGAUGUACACUCAGUUGGAUAAGUUACAAAUUGAGUUGAAGGCUGGAUCUUGUUGUUCUUUGAUUUAUAAGGAAAUCAAGAGUAGACAUGGUCAGGAAAUAGUAAGUAAGCCUGGGGAGUAUAGGUUUUUAGUACUGUUAUCUCUGCCGGUUUUAACUGAUACAUCAGAACUAUCCGAUCGCACGCAUGAUGUGGAUAGGUGUGCAGUUAAGGAAUUGGUAGAACUAGGUGGAGUGACUAGGGAAGAUGUGAAUGCAUUGUACCAUUUACUGAAGAAGGAGAAGCGGAAUAUUGAUGGGGCACCUACGGCGGUGAUUUUACAAAUGGACUUUAAGACCUUUGAGUUUCCUCCUAACUGUGCUGGAAAGGUCUUUGGUAUCUCUUCAGCUAAGUAUCCCUUUGAUAAUUGGGUAGCUCGGGAAGGAGAUAAGUUCUUGCCGGAAAUCAAGAAGUUUGCUACGGCUCGGCAUCAUGAAUUCUUUCUUAUCAACAACCAUAACAAUGGCGUGCGAGAGCUUUUCCUGUUGGGAAAUCCAGGACCUGACUUUGUCCAGGAAGUUAUGUUUGCUGGUGGACCAGUCAAUCAGCGUGAAGUAGCACCCGGUGUUGUGGUUUACACUGUUGAGGGUACUUUAAGUCGUAAGCUGAUUGCUCCACGCAUUUACACCUACUUAAGCAAGCACUGUCCCAACACCAAAUAG